UGGUAGGACGGAAUAUUUUAGCGAUAAAUUCCCGGUCACACUGCUCUCACGACUAAAUCGUGUUUUUUUUUGUUUUAAAAUACGAAUUUGGUGUUAAUUUUGCACUGCAUUUGACUCUGCUGCUGUUCGUUAAUUCGUUAAUUUGGGCUUGUAAUUCGUUUAGUUUUCCCCAGAGCAGCAUAAUAUUUGUGCCAGCAGUGAGCCGGUCUUGUGAUUGUAUCUCUGUGUUUGUUUGAACGCGCAAAAAGUCUUAAGCAGCAGAAAAGGCGGCAAAAGAGAAGCAAAGAACUAAACCAAACCAGUACCGCUGUUGGCAAGGCGAAGCUGCAGCAAAAAAAAAAAAACUGCAACGGCAAACAUAAUUAUUUUCGCAACGCGCUGAGCGUGUGUCGGUGUGCAGCUCAAAAACAUCGACACUCGGACGCACACCUUGGCGUUUUCGCGCCCAGUUUUGUCUUUUGGCACCGAAGACCAGCCGACGGGAAUAAACUGCAAUACAGCAGUUUGUGCGCGCACCGCCAUUAACGGACAGCACCCAAAAGUAUGCUACACAAAUCUGUUUCAGCGUGUCCCCGCAAACAAAAGCAAAAACAAAAACAAAAGCAACAGCCACACAACUACAACUACAAGCACAGCGACCAGAGAGCAAGCAAAUUAGUGACUGCGGAGAGCAACAACUAGAAAGAAGAGCAACAAAACAACCACAAGCUGAGCAACGGAAGAACGAAAGCGGAGCCUAGAACAUAGAAAAUUCAACAAGACAUACAAAAACAAAACAGUAAAGCUGUUACUCCUAACGGUCAACGAAGCCAACGCAGGCAAUUACACAAAGAUGGCGUCCUCGCCGACACCAUCUCUGGACUCGAUGCGGGGCGGGGCGAACUCGAUUGAGUCGUACGAGCACGCCGGCUACCUAUCAGACUCCCCGCUCACCCUGAGCGGCUCAUCGCCACCGGCAAGCGACUCGGCGAUCUGCAGCGACGAGUACACCAGCGUCGGCAGCGGCAGUGUCGGCGUCAAGACGCGAUCGGACGUGACCGUCAUCAAUGGCCACCACCCCAUAUCGGCCUCCGUCUCGUCCAGCUCGUCGGCCAGCUCGUCCUCCUGCUCGUCGUCCUCAUCCUCGUCGAGCUCCUCGUCGUCGUCCUCAUCCAGCUCCUCGACCAGCGGCCUGAGCGGGUGCGGUAGCACUAGCAGCAGCGUCAUCAGCGCCACCAAUGUGUCCUCGAACGGACCCGGCGUCAUCGGCAGCAAUCUGCAAAGCUCCGCCAGCGGCAGCACCUCGGGCAUCAGUAGCCUGGUCGUGGGCGCGGGCAAAGGUAGCUCCAGCAAUGGCAGUGCCUCCUCCAACACAUCCAACGGAAGCAGCAACGGGAACGGCAGCUCCCCGCCCCGCUGCACCGCCUGCAAGAGCAAGUGCAGCGACGCGGUGGCCAAGUGCUUCGAUUGCCAGAGCUACCUGUGCGCCAACUGCGUGACGGCCCACGAGUUCAUGCACUGCUUCAACGGACACAACGUGUGCCUCAUCAAGGGGUUUGACGCGACAGCCCUGCCCCUGGCGGUGAGCCCGCCCAGCAACAACCCGGCCUCCAACGACUUCAAGUACGCCAGCUCCCUGACUAUGAUGCUGCAGCAACAGCAGCAACUCGACUCCCAGCAGCAGCAGCAGCAGCAACAGCAGCAACAACAGCAACAACAACAACAACAGCAGCAGCAACAGCAACUUCUGCCCACCCAGCCCAUGUCGCAGCUCUCCAAGAUCGUGCUUGCCGCCGCCGCCCAGGCCAGCUCCCAGGAGCAGCAGCAGCACCAGCACCAGCAACAGCAACAGGAGAGCCUCUACAGCUCAGUGCACCAGCAGCGGCAGCUGUUUUGUCCGCGCCACAAGCAGGAGCUGCUCAAGUUCAGCUGUCGCACCUGCUGCAUCCUGGUGUGCAAGGAGUGCAUCGUUCUGGAGCACUCGACGGGCCUGCACGAGCUGGAGAACGUCCAGUCACCAGCCUUGGCCACGGCGGCCGCCACUGCGGCUUCCGCGGCGAACGAGACGGCCCUGCAGACCCUCCUGGCGGACAUGCGCGGCAAGAUCGGAGAGAUCGUGGGCAUAGCCGGCAAUUCCGACCAGAAUCUGACCAAGGUCAAGCUGCAGUACCAGAAGGCGCACAACGAGCUGAACGAGACGCACCAGUUUUUCGCAUCCAUGCUGGACGAGCGCAAGACGGAGCUGCUGAAGGAGCUCGAAUCCCUCUACUCGGCCAAGAUCAACAGCAACAACGCGUGGUUGCAGCGCUCCCGGGAUCUGAUCGACAAGGGCCUGGCCACGUGCGAGGCGGUGGAGCGCUCACCCGCUCCUCCCUCCGCCUUGUUGGCGGAGGCCCUUCUGCUGCGCAAGUCUCUGGAGCAGCAGCUGCAGACCGCCAUCCAAGACAUGCAGCUGCCCUUCGAGAUGGAGUUCAUGUCCAACUACCAGUCGAUCCAGGCCGGCGUGCGCAACACCUUUGGCUAUAUCCGGGCCAGCAGCUCUGACGGUGGCCAUGGCGCCCUCAGCCAGGCCAGCAGCGCUCACGGCAAGCAGCCGCCCAUCGCUCGGCCCACGCAGAGCGCCAGCAACAGCAGCGCCAGCAGCGCCGGGAGCCACAGCCACAGCCACCACCAUUCAGGCGGGCAGUCGCAGUCGGGCGCCCAGCACCAUCACCACCAUCAGCAGCUGCACCAGGCGCAACAGCACCAGCUGCAGACCCAGUCGACGCUCCACGGCCUCGGCUUGGGUCUGAGCGGAGGCCUGCUCGAGAGCAGCUCCGUCGGAGGGGGGGCGUACACGAAUGGCAGCAGCCUGCUGCUGAGUGGUCGGGAGCGCAGCACCCUGGCCGUGGAGCAGCACUUCGGCGAGCUCCUGCCCAAGAGGGGCGGCUACAGCGGCAGUGGAUCCGGAUCGGGAGCCGGCACCGUGGCCCACUACAAUCCAUACGAGAAGUGGAGCAACGGGGGCAGCGACAACCUAUUCUCAUCGGUGGGGGCCGCCAGCGGCGGCAGCUCUGCCGUCGUGGACGCGUUUGCCAGCCAGCUGUCCAGUCUGUCGUCUGGUAACGGGGCUGGGGGCGUGGUGGGGGGCGGCAGCGCCGUGAGCUCAGAGUCCCUGCUGGACCUGACGAACAAGCUGCUCUCAGCCACCAUCUACCCGCCCAAGUCGCAGAUCAAGCGCCAGAAGAUGAUCUACCACUGCAAGUUCGGGGAGUUUGGCGUGAUGGAGGGCCAGUUCACGGAGCCGAGCGGCGUGGCGGUGAACGCGCAGAACGACAUCAUUGUGGCGGACACGAACAACCACCGCAUCCAGAUCUUCGACAAGGAGGGCCGCUUCAAGUUCCAGUUCGGUGAGUGCGGCAAGCGGGACUCGCAGCUGCUCUACCCCAACCGCGUGGCCGUCGUCCGCAACUCGGGCGACAUCAUCGUGACGGAGCGGUCGCCGACGCACCAGAUCCAGAUCUACAACCAGUACGGACAGUUCGUGCGCAAGUUCGGGGCUACAAUCCUGCAACAUCCGCGCGGCGUUACGGUGGACAACAAGGGGCGGAUCAUCGUGGUGGAGUGCAAGGUGAUGCGCGUGAUCAUCUUCGAUCAGAACGGCAACGUGUUGCACAAGUUCGGGUGCUCCAAGCACCUGGAGUUCCCCAACGGCGUCGUCGUGAACGACAAACAGGAGAUCUUCAUCAGCGACAACCGGGCGCACUGCGUCAAGGUGUUCAACUACGAGGGCCAGUACCUUCGCCAGAUCGGCGGCGAAGGCAUCACCAACUACCCCAUCGGCGUGGGCAUCAACUCGAACGGAGAGAUCCUCAUCGCGGACAACCACAACAACUUCAACCUGACCAUCUUCACGCAGGACGGGCAGCUAAUAUCGGCCCUCGAGUCGAAGGUGAAGCACGCCCAGUGCUUCGACGUGGCGCUCAUGGACGAUGGCAGCGUGGUGCUGGCCAGCAAGGACUACCGCCUCUACAUCUACCGCUACGUGCAGCUGGCGCCCGUGGUGUUGCACAGCAAAAACCACGACAGCAUCAGCACCCAAAGCUUGGCAGACAGAAUACAGCAUUUCAUUUGAAAAGAAAGAAAAUACACUCGUAUCUAAUCUAUGUAUAUUAUAGCUAUUAUUAACAAACAUUCCCCAUUUACUUCUGCUAUGUUAAAUUUGUUGUUUGAGAAAUCAAAGGGAUCCGUUCAAUGUACACAAGCAAUGAAGGAUGCCGAUGCCAUUACCUACCAUAAUCUCGCAUAAGGACAUGUGGACAGUUGGACAGUUGGACAGUUUUCGUUAUGCAAUUAAUUUAAAUCAAUUUCGGGACUCAAAAAUGUAUAUGAAUGCACACUGGUGUACGUACAUAUGUACAUACAUAUGUAUGUAUUUCCAAUUAGUGUAAAUGAGUCUCUACGGUCGAACCGCACACAAACACACACAAACACACACACAAACACACACACAAACACACACACAGAGAUACAGAUACAGAUACAGAUACAGAGGAAGAGAUACACAUUCGAUGGAUAAAUGUUAGCUCGUUUAAUCAUAGUCACGCAUACGCAUUGCAUUCGAUAUAGAUUCUAGUGUUUAUAUAGCUAUAUAGUGCAACUACGCCGAUCAUGGAACCAUCAUCUAGUCAUCAUGCAUACACAUAAAUAUGUAUUUUUAUAAUUAUUAUUAAUUAUUAAUAUUAAUCAAUAAUAAAUGGAAAACUAAACCAAAAAAGAACGAGAUCGAGAUCGAAAAUAGAACAGAACAGAACACCAAUCUAAUGUUAAAUGUCUAAUGUUACAAUUAAGUUUUCUUUAUAUACACAUACAUAUAUAUACAUAUGUAAUUAUGUUUUAGCUAACGUUUAUAUAUUUUUUGACUAAGAAUUCAUUUUUAUACGUACAAUAUACAUAUGAUAUGUAUUCCCUUCAAAACGCAAUUUGAAUUUGAAUUUAAAAGUCUCUGCUAAAGCCAAGUUGAAUUUCAAAGUGUAACUAAAAUAAAAAAAAAAAAACAAAAAAAAAACGAGAGUAUACAGGGUGUUGCUUCAAUUGCUUUUACAUACAUAUAUAUACCGUACACAUAGACAUACUUGAACACAUAUUAUAAAUGGAAAAACAAAAAACAAAACCAAAACAAAAACCAAACUUUUUAUACGCUGAACAAUAUGUUUUCCCUGUGGUUAAUUGUUUUCACAAAUCGUUCAGUUGAAUCUCUUAUAUUUCGCUCAAAUUUUGUUUUAAACUUAAGAAAUACAAACAAACAAAUUAUAAGAAUAAAAAACAAAAAAAAUAAAUAAAAAAAAAACAUGUUAAAGCAAAGGAUAAGAAUGUGGAAAAUAUGGACUGACAUGCAAAUAAUGUAUAUCAUUGAGGGUUGGCAUUUUUAAUCAUAUAUGCAUAAUUAUAUAUAUAUAUAUAUUAUAUAGAGACUUUGUCAGGCGCCAUUCUCAGCUGUUUCGAAAGAGGAAAUUGUUAAAUUUUUGUGUUGAAAGAAAUGAAAAAAUAUGAAAAAAAAAACGAUAUACACGCCCACCAAAUGCAUACUAUAUGCUAUAUACUGUUUCUAAUAUGCAUACAAAGAUUUAACCUCAUACAUACAGAAUUAGAUUUGGUUCAUGUUUGUACUCUGUACUCCACAUGACACUCAACCAACCUACUGCCAGGAUCAGCUCUCAUCUCAUCUCCUCAAGCCCCCGCAUGGUACUCACACACUCACACACCCACUCACCCACUCACCCACUCCCCCACUCACUCAUUGAAUCAUUCAGUCAGUCAGUCAGUCAGUCAGUCAUUCAAGUACCCGAUCCUACCAACGAACCAAACACACAGUUUAAAGAUAAUGACAACUUUCUCAAGAAUAUCAAACCAAAACGAAGAAGCAUUUAAAUUGAUCACUUUCUAUUUUUCGAUAACCACAAAGCUGUGUUUUUUUCAAUUCCACUAGAUUUGAAUUCGAACAGAAAAGAACAGAAAAGAACAAAAAAGAACA